GGACGGGAGUCCAAUGUGGCAGGAACUGCAAGUGCAACCGCUUGUAAAAUGGAACAUAUCACUGGCCACUGACCAUUCACCGCGACGGACGGACCAUCUCAAAGGCCUUCUCCUCCACCAAACCUUUGUUUUUUAUCGUCAUAUUACCAGAUCGCCAAGUCUAGAACACUGCUCCAAGAACACCACUUGUGUUGUCAUUUUUGACACCAAACAAACGAGUAGCCAAACACGCUUACGCUUUCCCGAAAGCAGUCGCAUUCGCAUUCGCCUAGGCUACAGGUGGUCACCAGCAAGCAGUCGGCGCAAGACUUCGCUUCUCACUCAGGCAACAAGCCAACCCAAGUCGACACAAUGAAGAUCCUUGAAGGCCAAAGCAACCUGGUCUCAAACCAUGAGGUCUAUGAGCAUAUUCUGGAGCAACAGCAAAAGAACAGGUCCAAAAACAGGAGAGUGCCUCCCAACCAAUUUACUCUCACCAAGGAUCUCUUGACCUAUCUCCGAACCAAGCCUGGCCCAUUGGCAAACCAGGACAAGACCCAUCAGUACAGCACGGAAGCGUUGUAUGAGCUCUUCAAGAAGCUUCGUGAGGCUAACCUCCAGAGCGAUCUCUCGAAAGGCGAGAUGCUCAUGAUCAUCAACCUUCGGCCCACCAAUGUUGCAGUUCUUAGCACGGUCGUUGAAGACAUGUUGGAGCGCUUUACUGAGGACGAGCAGCAAAAGAUCAUCGAUAUCAUCACCGAGACUCUCGGCUUUGACGAACCCACAGAGGCUGCGGAGGGAGAAGAGAACGACGAGGACGCAGCACCCUCCAUUGAAAACUCUUGAAGACGUGGACAUGACGACAGCUUUGGACAACUCACAUGAUUGUGCAUCCUCCUUCGCUUUGCCCGCCCUCGGAAGUUGUCGUUUUCAGCGCCGUUGUACAUAUAUCGUCGAACACCUCUUCCAGCAGCUCGCCAGUCACCGCAGAGCAUUCCAUGUACUUGUCUAACCUCAUCUCUUGCGCCAUGCGAUACGCCUCCUGCGGGUAGAUGGUACCGUUGGGAUCAUUCUCAGAUCGCAGAUCCCGCUUGAGGCCCAGCAUAAGCACCGGGGUGUUGUCGCCGGUUACGCCCGCUGUCCGGACCUCUUUGUUCCACUGCGCAAUAUAUCAGUUUGUUGAAGGAUGCGGUUCACCCUGGUUAGAACCGGCGCUUACCACUCUUUGGAGGUUGAUCAAACUGAGCCUCUGGCUGAUAUCAUAGCAGAGGAUGACUAGGUCGGGCCGAAGAAGUCUCCAGCUUUCUGGACUGGAAGUGUCGUAGAAUUCGAGCCGAUAGUCCCCGCGGCGAGCGCGAAUAUCAAAGAUGAAAGGCUGGUCGAGGUCCCUGAGAAGGGUAAUGGAAUCUCUGCCUUUCAGGUUGUGACGGCCUCUGCUGAUUCGCCUGGAUGGGUGUUAGUGAAUUGGCUUGUCUUGUCUUCUGUUCGGCUUGGUGGGCACAUGUAGGAUUAGAUGCAGUAUAUAGCUGUAUCAUUCAGGAUUAUCACUAACGAUAACAAGGUUGACUUUCCGCAUCUCUCAUCGCCAACGAACAGUAUCGUGAUCGUUUGUGAAUCCAUGACAAACAAAAUGCAGGCUCGUGAAAAAUGGGGGUGAAAAAAAAGAAAAAAAAAUAAAGUAUAUAUUCGAAAGAAGUGACUUUACUCGACAGUUACCGGCGAGAUGCGGUUAGCACAGUCGUUCUUUUCGAGUGAUCUUG